UUCUCUAAAUAUUAUUAUCCCUCUUUGAAGAAACCAAUUCUAUUACCAUUUUGGUCCUCCAACCAUGAAUGACACAGUAGACAAACUUGUGAUCUUCCUAGCAAAGAGAGAUGGCAUAGACAAGCUUGUGAAGACAUUCCAAUAUGUCUCAAAGCUUGUAAACUACCAUGUUGAAUCCACAGACUCUGACAUGGCUAAGAGGUUCAAGAACUGGGAAGUUGCAUCAGGACUAAGCCGAAAAGCCUUUCGAACCGGAAGGUUCUUAACCGGUUUCAAUGCUCUACGGCGAAAUCCAGGUUCAUCAAACACUCUAAGGCUGCUAGCAGUUCUUGGAAAUGCUGGUGAGAUGGUUUACUUCUUCUUUGACCAUUUUCUUUGGCUUUCAAGGAUUGGAACCAUUGAUGCAAAGUUGGCAAAGAAGAUGAGUUUCAUUUCAGCAUUUGGUGAAUCAGUAGGGUACAUAUUCUUCAUCAUUGGUGACUUCAUUUUGAUGAGACAAGGUUUGAAGGAAGAGAUGAAGCUGAAGAGGAGAAUAAGAAGCAGCAAUGAUAAUAGUAAAAAUGAUGAGAAAGAAUCAAAAGGAGAAGAAGUAGAAGAAUUGAAGAAAAGGGUUCAGAAGAUAAAAGGUGACAGAGUAAUGAGGUUAAUGGCAGUGGCAGCAAAUGUUGCAGAUUUGUUCAUAGCAGUGGCUGAGAUUGAACCAAAUCCAUUUUGUAAUCACACAAUCACACUUGGUAUUAGUGGUUUGGUUUCUGCUUGGGCUGGUUGGUAUAGAAAUUGGCCUUCAUAAACACAAAUAUUUCCCAGUUUUACUGUAAUUUUUUAAAGUUUUAAUAAUAAUAUGGAUGUUUAUUUA